AGAGAGAGAGAGAGAGAGAGAGAGAGAGAGAGAGAGAGAGAGAGAGAAAGAGAAAGUAAAAUAAAAUAUCAAAGGAAGCAAUUUUAAGAAAGUGAGAAAAGAGAGAAAAAAAAUCAAACAUUGCUUGUGAACCGGCAUUGCAAGUGAGAGAAGAGGAGUAGGAGGAGGAGGAGGAGGAGGAGGAGGAGGAGGAGGAGGAGGAGAAAGAAGAGGGAGAAGAAGAAGAAGAAGAGGAGGAGGAGGGGAAAUAGUAAAGGAGGAGAAGAGGCAAAACAAAUAGGAAGUAAAGAGUGGAGAUAAUUAUCAAACCUCCUUAUUCCCUUUCUUCUCUCCUUCCCUCCUUCCUUUCUUUCAUUCCCUCCGUCCAUAAGCAAGGAAGAGACGCACCUGCCACACCUGCCACACCUGCCACACCUGUCCUCACCAUGGCCUCCUCCAGGGACCCACACCUGCACGGCCUACACCUGCUUCUAAUACUCGUCUCAGCCUACACAGCGGGCGUGGGCGGGGCAGACGACUGGUGGGUGGAGACGCCUCGCUUCGGGAGAUCAGAAAGCAAGGUGGAGGUAGAGAAGGGCGAGACUGCAAGACUUCCCUGCGUGGUUCUGCACCUUAACGACAGAUCCGUGACGUGGCUGAGGAAGCGUGACCUACAUAUUCUAACAGCAGGCCACCACACCUACUCAGCUGACGACAGAUUCAAGGUGGUGCAUACGGAAGGCAGCAACGAGUGGACGCUGGUGGUGAGGUUUGCACAGCUGAGGGACGCAGGUGUGUACGAGUGCCAGGUCAACACUGAUCCAAAGCUGUCCAAACCUGUCACUCUCGACGUGCUUGACGAAGGGCGCGAAGUGACAGUGACCAAAACUAAAGUGUUUGUGGCGAAUAACACUGCUUCCACUAAAGAUGGUCAUCUCCGUGUUGAAAUCCAGGGACCUCGUGAGUUGCACAUACAGGAAGGCUCGUCACUGCAUCUCACCUGCCUAGUCACCUCCUCUCAAGGGCCCUCCACGCCUGUCUACUGGUACCACGACACCAACCUCAUUGACUAUAACUCUCCCAGGGGCGGCGUCAACCUCAAGAUUGACCAGGGCCGCGGGGAGACCACAACACACCUGGUGGUCUCGGCAGUGGGACCUGGAGACUCUGGCAUGUACUCCUGUGUCCCGCCAGGUUCCCAUCCCGCCUCUGUGCUGGUCCACGUGCAGAAAGGAGAACACGAGGCGGCCAUCCAGCAAGGAGGACUAGACGACGUAGCAUCCUCUUCCUCCUCUUCCUCUUCCUCUUCUUCCUCUUCCUCCACCAUCCACCCUCGCUCCCUCCCCAGCCAUCUCUUCCUCCUCCUCUUCCUCCUCUUCCUUCUCUUAUACCUGACAGGGGGUCCAUAUGCACUCCUCCUCUUCCUCCUCUUCCUCUUCCUCCUCUUCCCCUCCUUCGUAGCCUGGCCGAGUCCCCCAUCUUGGUGCGACGUCGUUUUCUGUUACAAAGAAAACGGAAUUGUGGAAUCUCAUCAGUUUCUUCUCUCAGCGACAUGAUAUAACUCUCUCUCUCUCUCUCUCUCUCUCUCUCUCUCUCUCUCUCUCUCUCUCUCUCUCUCUCUCUCUCUCUCUGAGCAGCGCUGUAAAUGGACGCUUUUGAUUGGUUCUCUGUGUAAUGACGUCAUGAAAAUGGACCAAUAAGAUUCCAGCAUUGUUUUUUAUGUCUUACGUCAUUGUUCGUGACCGUGACGUGACCGUGACUCGAACGUGACUGUCUGUAUGUGUGUGUGUGUGUGUGUGUGUGUGUGUUUGUGUGUUUGUGUGUGACGUGACAUUGCGUUUUCUAUGCUCCAUGUAACGUUUUAGGGUAAAAUAAAGAAGAUUGAGAAAGUUG